AUGGAGCCAUGCGUCCUGCUGGAUCCUCACCAAAAAGCCCUGUACAGGGACGUCAUGCAAGAAAGCUACGACACCCUGAUGUCGCUGGAAUUCCCCUUCCUGAAAGCGGAGGUGAUCUCCCGACUGGAACGGCGUCGCAGAGGCUCCAAGGAGAGGGAGAUCCCAGCAGCGUCUGGCUCAGGUGAUGGGACGGCGAGUGAGACCGAGGAGGAGAAUCCCCCAAAGGAAGGCCCUGAGCCAGCGGAACCACGGGAGAUGCUGCCGGAAGGAUUUUCAGGAGCUGUUUGCCAGGGGCCUGCUGGGGUGAGGCUGGGAGGGGCAGGGAGGAGACAGGGCAAACCCGCCCCUCAGGGGCCCAGCCCCAAGAAACUGCAGGAUAUCACAGCUCACCAGCGAACGCCCCAGGGCCAGAAGCCCUACCGGUGCCAGGACUGUGGCAAGAGCUUCAUCUGGAGCUCGCACCUGGAGCGGCAUCGGCGCGUCCACACAGGCGAGCGCCCCUAUGCCUGCCCUGAGUGCGGUGAGAGCUUCACCCAGAGCUCCCACCUCCGGCAGCACCAGCUGGCCCAUGGCGGCGAGCGCCCCUACAAGUGUGGCGACUGUGGCAAGCGCUUCGGUGACCCGCCAGCCCUGGCGGCCCACCGGCGCGGCCACCUGGAGGACAAACCCUACCGCUGCGCCCAGUGCGGCAAAGGCUUCGCCUGGAGCUCCCACCUGGAGCGUCACCGGCGUGUCCAUACCGGCGAGCGGCCCUACCGGUGCAGGGAGUGCGGGGAGGCCUUCGCCCAGAGUGCCCACCUCACCAAGCACCGCCGGACCCACACCGGGGAGCGCCCCUACCGCUGCCCCCACUGCGGGAAGGGCUUCGGGGACAGCUCUGACCUCACACGACACAAACGGACCCACACAGACUGCAGGCUGGGCUCCAAGCCCCGGAGAGCCCACCAGGAGGGGACGUGCAGCUGCUUCAGGGAGAGCUUGGAGCUGCUUCAGGGUUCAGAGGCCCUGGGACCCCAGCCCGAGCGGAAAUCCCACCCCUGUGGGCACUGCGGGAAGGUCUUCGCCUGGAGCUCCCACCUGGAGCGGCACCGGCGCGUCCACACUGGCGAGCGGCCCUAUGCCUGCCCCGAGUGUGGCGAGCGCUUCGCUCAGAGUGCCCACCUCACCAAGCAUCGCCGGACCCACACCGGCGAGCGGCCCCACACCUGCCCCCACUGCGGGAAGGGCUUCGUCGAGAGCUCCGACCUGGCGCGGCACCGGCGCACCCACACCGGGGAGAAGCCCUACAGGUGCGGGCAGUGCGGGAAAGGCUUCAGUGUUCGCUCAGCCCUCACCAAGCACCACAGGGAGCACGCGGGGAGCACGCCAUGA